ACGUGCACAAUAACAGAAUAACAGAAUCGGUUAUCUAUUGAUUUCGUUAAUUCAUAAAUUAGAUGUAGCAUUAUUUAAAUAAUAACAGACAUAAAAUAACUUAAAUUAUUACAAUAAUUUCUAAAAUUUCCUACGUAAUAAAUUUUUUUUUGUAAUAAGAUAAUUACAGAAAGAUUUUUUAUCAUGGAUAAAGACACAGAAAUACUUCAAUUAACUGCAGAAAUUGUAGCUCUUAAUGAAGAAUUAUCUCAAAAAACAAAACUUCUGGAAGACAAAAAGAAAAAAUUUUUGACUUCAUCUGAUAUAAGCCGUUUCAGUAGGCAGAUGAUCUUACCUGAAGUUGGUGCUGAAGGACAAAAGAAAUUGAAAGCUUCAAGUGUAUUGAUUAUUGGUGUUGGGGGUCUUGGUUGUCCAUCAUCAAUGUAUUUAACUAGUGCUGGAGUAGGUACAAUUGGAUUGGUUGAUUAUGACAUUGUAGAAGUAAAUAAUUUACAUCGCCAAUUACUUCAUGCACAAAAUAAUUGUGGCAUGAAAAAAGUUAUAUCUGGAAAAUUAUCAUUAAAACACUUAAAUGAAGAUGUCAGAAUUAUUACUCAUGAUGUACAGUUAGAUGCUAAUAACUCGGUUGAAAUUAUUGAUAAAUAUGAUGUAAUAUUAGAUGCAAGUGAUAACUUGGUAACGCGAUAUAUAAUUAAUGAUACAUGCGUGAAGAUGGGAAAGCCAUUAGUUUCAGGUUCUGCUAUUCAAUUUGAUGGACAAUUAGCUGUCUAUAAUUAUAAAGGCUCAGUAUGCUUCAGAUGUCUUCAUCCAAAGCCACAGCCUCCUGAAACAGUUGGUAAUUGUUCUUCUGCUGGAGUUAUAGGUCCAGUUCCUGGUGUUAUUGGUGUUUUACAAGCAAUGGAAGCAAUCAAAAUAAUUAUUGACCAUCCUAAUGUUUUAUUCAAUAACUUACUAAUAUAUGAUGGUGGUGAUUGUGAUUUUAAAAGAAUUAAAUUAGGUAAUGGUAAAAGAGAAGGAUGUAUUUGUACCAAAAGUUCUGAAAAAAUAUUAAUUAACAUGGAUUAUGAAGAAUUUUGUGGAUCAAAAGCUAACGAUAAAAUUAAAAUAUUAAACUUACUUGAAGAUAGUGAGCGAAUAUCAGUUAAAGAAUUGAAAAAAUUAGUAUCAGAAAAUACACCAUUACUUGUUAUUGAUGUGCGCAAAAAUAAUGAGUAUGAAAUGUGUCACUUGCCAUUUUCUAUAAAUAUUCAGUUGGAAGAUCUUAAUACUGAUUUAUUUAGCUCUAGACUGAUUGAAAAAAUUAAUACUUGUUAUAAAAAAGCACCCAAUUUGGUUGCAAUUUGUCGUCGAGGAAAUGAUUCCCAAAAAGCUGUGAUUGAGCUAAAGAAAAAUACUGCUUUAUUAAGCAAAGUUAACUGUAUAAAAGAUGUUAUUGGAGGCCUUCAAGAAUGGAGUAAAAAAAUAGAUACAAAUUUUCCAGUUUACUAAUUGAUAUUAAAAUUUUUUUAAAUUAUAAUAUAUAUAUAUAUAAAUAAA